GCACAGUACUAUUCACUGAUUAUUACUGGUGUUUAUGCAGAAGAUAGUGGAAUUUAUCGUUGUGUUGCUAGAAAUAAUAUUGGAUCGGCUGAAUCUGAAUGUUUUAUUUCUAUACGAGAAAAGAAGAAAAUAGAUUUGGAGGAUGCUGGUGACAAAGCUCCAAAGUUUCGCAUGCCUUUAUCUGAUCGAGAAAUAGCUGAAAAUUCAGAACUGUCAUUAGUUUGUGCUGUUACAGGAACCCCAAAUCCCACUGUGAAAUGGUUGAAGAAUGAUGAAAGUGAAAAUGGUGUCUGUACUCUCAUCAUAAGAACAACAAAACUCCGAGAUGCUGGAAAUUACAAAUGCAUUGCGGAAAAUCGGUAUGGAUCAGUGGAAUCCAUAUGCAAAGUCGCUGUCCAUCCACAAGAUGCAAUCUACAUUGUGCCAAAAUUUAAAGAAGCACUAUCUGAUUUUACAACCAUAGCUGGAUCUGAGCUUGUCAUGGAAUGUCAAGUAAUCGGCAAUCCAUUUCCAAUGAUCACAUGGCAUAAAGAUGGUACGAAAAUCCUCUCCGAGAAUAGAAUGCUACAGUAUGUGGACCGAAAAGUUUCAUUUAAUAUUUUUGCAGGCAUUUGUAAACUAAAUAUCAAAAAUAUGGAUACCAAAGAUGGUGGAGAGUAUUCAUGUGAAGCAGUUAACUCAAUCGGCAAAGAUAUUACUCGUUGCAGAGUUCAAGUGACUGAAAAUAUGGGAAGUGAAUCUCGUUCCGCAUCUCUAGCUCGUAGCAAGUCAUCUGUUAUUGAAGUGCUUCUAGCUCCAAUAAUAAAACGACCACUUCAUGAUGCCAUUGUUAUUCAAGGCAAUCGCGAGACACUCAAAGUCGAAGUUGAAGCGCAUCCCAUACCAUCAGUUGAAUGGUAUUUGAAUGGAAGGCUCCUUAAUGAAAAACGCACUUUACGAAGAUUCUUUGAUGGUCGUUUAGCGGUAAUGAAAAUUUACGAAGCAAACGAAGAACAUGAAGGGCAAUAUUUAUGCCGGAUUAUUAACAAAGUUGGAAGCGCUGAAACAAGAUGCACUGUUAUUGUUCGACCACCAGCUGGAGAUGAUGACCAUUUAUCAAAAAUGCCGAAAUUCUUGCAAAAACUCCAAGAUACGAUUGUAAAAAACAAUGAAGACCAUGCAAUACUUACAUGCCAAAUAAUAGGUGAACCUCACCCAGUUGUGCAGUGGCUUUUCAAUGGGAAAGCAAUCACUGAUGAUACAAACAUUCGAAUACGUUCAUUCGAUGAUAAUGUUUGUGUACUUGAGGUUUCAAGGGUAACACCAAAGUACUGCGGCAUAUACACAGCUGUGGCUCAUAAUAUAUAUGGUGAUGCCUAUUCAAACGCGCAACUGACAAUAUCAGGUCAAAGUCAUGUUGCUCAGUCUUGUACCACAUUUGCACCCUAUUUUGUUGUUGAACCAGAAAAACAGUUGAAAAUAGAAGAGGGAGCAGAUCUUGAAAUUGCCUAUAACAUUAAUUCUUAUCCAGAUCCAGAAGUGAAUUGGUUAAAGGAUGGUUCAGUUAUUUCUAACCAACGAGUAUCAACAAAGCAUGACGGCAUAAAUUAUAAACUGUUGAUCAACUCUGUAAAUGCACAAGAUGCAGGAAGAUAUGAAAUUCAAGCAAAAAACAGUGAUGGGCAAAUCAAAGGCGAAAUACUGGUAGAAGUUUCGAAGGGAAAAAAGAAAAAACCAGCCAAGGUGAAAGUUGAUGUUGCAAAAGUGCCUGCUUCAGUUGAGCUUCUCGUCAAGGAGGUUAGGGUAGACAAUAUUACUUUGCAAUGGAAUGAACCAAAAGGCGAUGGUGGAAUGAAGAUAACUGAGUACAAAGUGGAACAGCGAAGACCUGAUGAAAGAUUAUGGACCAUCGUCAAUUCAGUAAAUGGAAAUGAAAUUGUUGUAAGGAAUUUGGAACCAAAUACUGAAUAUAUCUUCAGAGUGGCAGCUAAAACUGAGGUCGGUUGGGGUGAAUAUUCAAAUUCGUCCAUAGUGAAGACGAAUCCACUGGGCAAAAAGCCGUUUUUCAAAAAUAAGUGGCCAGAUGCUUUAUCGAUUGAAGAUUUAGAAAGCUUUGAAAUAUGUGCAGAAUUUGAUGGCGACAUGGAGCCGACAGUCAAAUGGUAUAAAAAUGGCAUCGAAAUUAAAGAAAGCGAUAACUUAAAAUUAAUUAUGGAUAAUCAGAAAAAAAUCGCCAAACUUUGUGUAAUAAAAGCAAUAAGUGGAUUGGAUGAUGGAGUAUAUUCGUGUUAUCUUCAAAAUGAUAUUGGCUAUGCUUCAGAAAAAAUUAAUGUUUAUAUAUCGAAGAAGAACGAAGAAGGCAGCUCUAGCAAAUUGUUUGAACGAAAUGUUACGGAAAAACUGGACAAACUUCUGAAAGAGAUAAAAACAGAAGUUCCUGAGGUUUUAAAGCACCUUGUUAAUGAAGCAGUAAAUAUUGGACAACAGUUUACACUUACCUGCAGAAUAACAUCGCAAACAAAUAGUCAAACCACCUGGUUCAAGAAUGAUGAGCGUAUAAGCUCAUCAGGCCGUUUUGAUCUUCAUUCUGAAAAUGGAGUUCAUAAAUUACAUUGUCAUAAUGCUCAAGCUAAUGAUGCUGCAACAUACAAGUGUUUUGUUACAAAUACAGUUGGACUGGCUUAUUCUGCCUGUGAGGUAUCAAUCUUCGAUUUAACUUCACAAACAGCACCUAAGUUUGAGAAAUAUCUUGAGGAAAAAACAGUUAUCGCUGGAUCGAAUAUCGAGCUAAAAUGUCAAGUCUGUGGUAAUCCCGAGCCUAAGAUUGUAUGGAUAAAGGAUGGUGAACGAAUUACGAGCAGUCGUAGAAGGAAAAUUGCUUUUAAAGACCAUGGCAUAUGUAUAUUAACAAUUGGACAGUGCAACAGUGAUGAUGCUGGAAUCUAUCUGUGCUCGGCUCAAAAUAGCUUAGGCGUGGAUAGCACUCAAACCAUAUUAACUGUAGCUGAUGUAACUGGGCCAGAUGCUCAUUUGGUGACUGCAGAUUUGAAAGAAAAACAAUAUAUGAAACCGAAAUUUACAAGGGCACCAGCAACAAAUGUGGAGGUUGAUCAAGGAGCAUCGGUUAAACUCAUCAGCCGAGCCAUAGGUGAACCAACACCAAGUGUAAUUUGGAAAAAAGAUGGAAAAGAGGUGAAAAAAAAUUUCAAAAAGUUUCUUCAUCGUUAUAUUUAA